GUUUUUUAGGCUUCGCAUAUCAAAUGGGUCAGACAUGUUUCCCACAGCAACAUCUAAUUCAGCGCUUAAUAACUAUUUUACACCACAUGUCGAUUAAGGACAGGGGUGCAUCUUCAGAGUGCUCACUCCGGAGCAUCGUGGAUCGUUUACGAUUGGAGUUCGAAGAUCAUAUACCGGAUGACCUUGAUCCAGGACAAGUCGAUAUCUGUUCUUUGGGACGGCAAUUGCAUACGGAGUCCCUUGUCCAACCGGUUCAAGAUGCGAGCAAACUGACUUCCAUUGCUGUCUGGAAAUUCGUUAACGAGGCCGGGAUGUUUAAGCCACUUUCAGCUAAGCGCUCUAAAACCCCAAACUUUGAGCUAGAAAACGCGCAUUCCCUCAACGUUGAUGAGCUCGUAGACCCAGUCUAUUUGCGACGGUCUCCCAAUACCGAUGUGAAAUUUGGGUAUCAUCGGGACUUAAAACCUGAAAAUAUACUUAUUUCCACGGGUCAGGUUAUAUUUACGGACUUUGAGUUGCAGAUGAUCGAGGAACCGGAGAACGCCAGGCAGAGGCCGGACGGGCAAGGCUUGGCAUCACACGAACUUGGUGGGCGGGGCACGGAGCGAGUUGCCGCUCGUCCCGAUACCUUGGCACCAAGUUUACGACUCGACACGGAACUCGAUCGUCGAGUUGCCGACCAAGAAGAAGGAACUCGUUCUUGAACUCGGUCAGCGAGUCGGGGAACGAGUUGACCAAAUUGCAUGAAGGGAGGAAUGUAUUUUAGGACGCUCCUUUACGCAGACAGUUCCUUUUCUUCAUAGUUAAUUCCACUCUACUUCCAGCGACCUUCCUCGAAGUGAG